AUGCACACAAUAGUAGUAAAUCAAGGAGCCUCCAUUAAAAACCUGGAGACUCGGAUAAGACAACUAACCAAGCUCAUAACAAAUUUCUCGAAGGACUAUGCUAGAAACACAGUUGGUAACCCUACAAAGGAAGAGUGUAAAGCUCUCAGAGAGAGAACUGAAACGGCGGAAGAAAAACAAAAGAGGGAUGAGAAGGAGCUAAGGCAGCUGCAAAAGUGGUUCAAACAGCUAGGACUAACUUUGGAAGAAGCAUACGACGAAUUCAUGGAAGAGUUAGAUAAGUACUACGAGGAGACUCUCGCUGAAAGAUUAAACAUAGUAAGCCAACUCCCGAUUAAGCGAAAGGACCCCGGAACAUUCGUCAUACCUUGCUACUUGGGAAAGGUGCAAGAAAAAGCCCUUUGUGAAUUAGGCUUCAACAUCAACUUAAUGCCGCUGAAGUUCGCAAGGAAAUGGGAGAUCGAGGAGCUCAACAUUCACUAUGAAAAAGAGAUCGUGUUAGCAGAUCAGUCAAUCAUACGCCCAAGUGGAAUCAUGAAAGACGUGAUAGUAAAAGUCAAUAAUAUGCUUUUUCCAGUUGAUUUCACAGUAGUUGAUAUAGAAGAGGAUGCUGAUGUCCCGAUCAUUCUCGGAAGACCUUUUCUAGCUACCAGUCGUGCUGUUAUUGACAUGGAAAAAGAAGUGCUAAAGCUAAGAAUGAGGGAUGAAGAGCAACUGAUCUACAUUCGAGGUGAAAAUGACUGGUGCUGCUGGAUAGAAUCCAGAGAACCCAAGAACCCAGGAUGA